AUGAAAGAAGAUACAUGGAGAAAUUCUACGAACACUGGUAGGUCUGUCUGUGAGAGGAUGCAUGGACCAGAAAUUUCUUGGACAAGUAGGCUGACGUCAGGCAUGUAUCAUAUGGGUAGGUCAAGAGACCCUGGUCCAGGUGCCUCUCGAAUUACAUUUUUUCUUGGAUUUCUUAAACCUGAUCACUGA